AUGUCUGUUGAGGAAAAUGUCAAAGCUUUUCUCCGAGAUGAGCUUUACCCCUCCUACGACGAGAGCUUCAAAAACAUGGCAGUGGCUGAUCGCAUGGCCUCUUGGAAAGCGCUUGAAAAGCAAAAGCAGAGUGGAGGGGAUGUGGAAGUCCAGCCGCCCGGUGAGCAGCCCACGGAUCCAGCUACGCUGUUCAGUGACUACGGUGAACGAGGUCCGGAUGGGGUCCCGACAGCAGAUUCCGAAGGCAAGCCGCUUGACAAGAAGAAGUUGGCAGCACUGAAGAAGGAUCUGGCUCUGCUUCAGAAGCCGUGGGACAAAUGGCAAAACGACAAGCGAAAGUACGAAGCCUACUUACUGUCCAAGAUUCGGAAGCAAUGCCUGGAGAAGUAUGCCGAAGUGCAAUACACCGAGGAGGUGGAGCACCUACGGCCCUUGUCGCCAACUUCCCGGACACCGCUGGUCGUGGUAGUGGAGGAGGUUCCGGAGGACCGGGAUAGGGCGGUGUGGUCCGAUGAGCUUGAGCCAGUCGUGGGUCAGAAGUUGGACGCCAGAGUUCGCAAGGACAAAGCCGUGGCGAAGAAGCUCAAGGGACUGGAGGACCGCUGCUUUAAGUCAGUCAGUGUGCACGACCCUCUGAUGAAGAAGCUGAUGGCGCUGAGCGACGAUCAGCAAUUGUGGGAAGGAAUCAAGAUCCAAGCCGUCAAAAAGCCGACGAAGAUGAAGGCACCCAAAGAGCCCAAGGCUCCCAAAGGUCUGGUGGAUCCCGCGGACCACUUCAAGUCCGGGAAGCAUGAUGGGAAGUUCGGCGCCUUCGAUGACAAGGGAGUGCCAACCCAAACGGCCGACGGCACGGAGAUUCCGGAGAAGAAGCUGAAGGCUUUGAAGAAGGAGUAUGACGGUGUCAAGGACAAGUGGGACAAACAUCAGCAGGCCAUGGCCAAGUAUAGCCAGGAUCUGACAAAAUACGAGAAGUGGAAGGAGGGCGGCGAGGAGGAAGUCAGCGCAUCGGGGGUCCCCGAGGCACAGCGGAGUGCUGCCUGUGAGACGGCGGCGUUGGAGGUCCUGAGGCGCCUUUUGGAUCGGUCCGUCACGGAGCACGCGGAGGAGCUGUCCGUUGAGGUGAACCAAGGAAGCCACGACCCUCCGGAGCUUGCUGCUUUGAUGGUCAAGGUGGUCCUGGAGCACGAGGACAAGACGACGGACCCAGUUCUGAAAGUGCUGAAGACGGUGGACAAGAAGAAGCGGAGUGGCAUGAUCGAGGUCGGGGAGUUGCCUGAGGUCUUCCGGCUCCUGAAGGAGGACGAACUCCAGGUCGGCACACAUGUCUGCUUCGGAGACAUCACCUACGAGGAGGUGGACUUCGUCUCCAGCAUCCUCGAAAAGUCGUCUUUGGCCAAGGAGGGGCAGAUCAGCCACGAGGACCUGAAGGCUUUCAUUGAAAACCAGGACCUGCAGCCCGGGGAAAAUGGGCAUCCCAGCAGCCUCGCGGGCACCCUGGUGUUGAUGCGCCUGGAGGCCUGGAAGAAGGCCUCCUCCGUGGAGAAGCUGAUGAGCCCAAGGGCUUGGCGCCUGCAGCUCUCCGGUAACAGCCUGGGCCCGGAGAGCGAGGCAGAAGGGGCGGGGGGAAAGGCGGCCCAGGCGGAGGAGCCCAAGGAGACCAACGCUCCGGUAGAGGCGCCCGCGGAGCCAUCGAAGGAAGAGACUUCAGGAAAGGACAAGGAGAAGAAAGAGAAGAAGGAGAAGAAGGAGAAAAAGGAGAAGAAAGAAAAGAAGUGA